GAAGUGGGCGAAGGGGCCUGCACUGCCCAUACAGGGUCUUGGCUCCCCUCGAAGCACGCGCUUCAUGGCUGCACUUGGCAUGUCUCUCAGCGGCUGACCAGCUGACCAGUUGUUGGGAUCUCACUCUUGUGGCGCUCUCGGGCCCAAGUUCAUAUAUAGGCUGCCUUCAGCUCAAGUCCUUCUUGGGACAACUACAACGGUGGAGGAGGGCAUUGACUGAGGAAUGUUCCCACUCCAGGUUUCUAGAGCCUGAGCCCUCACGAAGCCGGCAAUGACAAGUCUGAAUGGUCGCCAUGCCGAGAAAACCAUUGACAUGCCAAAACCAUCAGCCCCCAAAGUGCACGUGCAGAGGUCCGUGUCCCGAGAUACCAUCGCCAUUCAUUUCUCGGCAUCCGGGGAGGAGGAGGAGGAAGAGGAGGAGGAGUUCAGGGGGUACCUGGAGGAGGGGCUAGAUGACCAAAGCAUUGUAACGGGGCUUGAAGCCAAGGAGGACCUGUAUCUUGAACCCCAGGGUGGCCAUGACCCUGUGGGCCCUGCUGCCGCCACCAUCCCGGCAGAUGGACUGUCUGUAUCCGAGACCCCUGCCAUUUUGCCCGUCUCCGAGAACACUGUAAAGCUGCUGGAGUCCCCUGCUCCAGCAGCGCAAGUAUUAAGUCCAGUGCCACUGGCUCUGUCCCCAGGGUCGUCUUCAUCUGGGCCCUUAGCUAGCUCUCCCAGCGUGUCAUCCCUUUCUGAACAGAAAACCAGUUCUUCGUCCCCAUUGUCGUCUCCUUCCAAGUCCCCUGUCCUUUCAUCCAGUGCCUCGUCCUCCGCCCUUUCCAGUGCGAAGCCCUUCAUGAGCCUGGUGAAGUCCCUGUCGACCGAGGUGGAGCCAAAAGAAUCCCCCCACCCCCCACGGCACAGGCACUUGAUGAAGACGCUGGUCAAGUCCCUGUCCACAGACACUUCUCGCCAGGAGUCGGAUGCCGUGUCCUACAAGGCCCCUGACUCCAAACUCAACCUGCACCUGUUCAAACAGUUCACACAGCCCCGCAGCACGGCCGGGGACUCCAAGACCGCGCCUUCUUCCCCGCUGACGUCCCCCUCUGACACUCGCUCCUUUUUUAAAGUGCCCGAAAUGGAGGCGAAAAUCGAAGACACUAAACGCCGCCUUUCCGAAGUCAUCUACGAGCCCUUCCAGCUCCUCAGCAAAAUCAUCGGGGAGGAAAGUGGCAGCCACAGGCCCAAAGCCUUAUCUUCAAGUGCUUCAGAACUCUCCAAUCUGUCCAGCUUGAACGGGCACUUGGAAAGCAAUAACAACUACAGCAUCAAGGAGGAGGAGUGUGACUCCGAGGGGGAGGGCGACGGCGGCGACUCCAACGCCCCCAGGAGCGACCACCCGAAGCCCCCCGAGGACGCUGUGAAGGAAGUGGAGCCCAAGGGCUCCCAGGGGAGCGGUCUGAAGGAUUUAGGCCUGAAGACAAGUUCCCUCGUUCUUGAGAAAUGUUCUCUGUCUGCCUUAGUGAGCAAAGAGGACGAAGAGUUCUGUGAACUGUACACUGAGGACUUUGAGCUGGAGACUGAGGGCGAGGGGAGACUUGACAAGCCCCUGGAUGUCCCCCUCAAGCCAGAGGUGCUUGCCGACGAUGGCGUGGUUCUGGACAGCGAGGACGAAGCGGACUCGGCCACCCAGCUCCAGGAGUUACCAGUGAAGACGCUGGGCUUCUUUAUAAUGUGUGUCUAUGCGUACCUCAUCCUCCCCCUCCCCUACUACAUGAGUGGACUCUUCCUGGGCAUUGGCCUUGGGUUCAUGACUGCUGUUUGCAUGAUCUGGUUUUUUACACCACCAAGUGCUCAAACAUACCACAAAUCACACAAAACUCUGCGACACUGGAGCACGAGAUCCCUGGACAUCAAAGAGCCUGAAAUACUGAAGGGAUGGAUGAAUGAGAUCCACAACUAUGAUCCAGAAACUUACCAUGCGACUUUGACGCACUCAGUCUUUGUCCGGCUUGAGGGUGGAACCUUAAGACUUUCAAAACCCAACAAAAACAUAUCCAGGAGGGCAAGCUACAAUGAAACGAAGCCAGAGGUCACCUACAUCAGCCAGAAAAUCUACGACCUCUCCGACAGCAAGAUUUAUCUUGUACCUAAAAGUCUGGCUCGCAAACGGAUCUGGAAUAAAAAGUACCCCAUUUGUAUCGAGCUUGGUCGGCAAGAUGACUUUAUGUCCAAGGCUCAGACGGACAGGGACACUGGUGAGGAGAAGCCACCUGCUGAGAAAGAGCUGGCGAGUGAAGACGUUAAGAAGCCACCCCAGCCUCAAGAGGGGACGAAGUCUAGCCAGAGAGACCCGACACUGUAUCUGUUUGGGAGAACUGGCCGGGAAAAAGAGGAAUGGUUUAGGAGGUUCGUCCUGGCGUCUAAACUGAAGUCAGACCUCAAGAAGCUGCCUGGAGUUUCUGGAAGUAAAUCAGGGCUUUUGCCCACCCACAGCAGACACGGCAGCCCCUCGGGGCACCUGACCCAUAGCCGAAGCAGCAGCAAAGGCAGCGUGGAGGAGAUGAUGUCCCAGCCCAAGCAGAAGGAGCUGGUGGGCAGCGUGCGGCAGAAGGUGCUCCUGGACUACAGCGUGUACAUGGGCAGGUGUGUGUUGCCGGAGGCCCCACCCUCUGAGGAGGAAGAGCAAGAAGCCUGGGUGAAUGCCUUGCUUGGAAGAAUAUUUUGGGACUUCUUAGGCGAGAAAUACUGGUCUGAUCUGGUGUCAAAGAAAAUCCAGAUGAAACUCAGCAAAAUUAAGCUCCCCUACUUUAUGAAUGAGCUAACACUGACAGAACUUGACAUGGGUGUGGCUGUGCCAAAAAUCCUUCAGGCCUUCAAGCCUUAUGUUGAUCACCAAGGACUCUGGAUCGAUUUGGAAAUGUCUUACAACGGGUCCUUUCUGAUGACUCUCGAGACCAAAAUGAACUUGACCAAACUAGGUAAAGAGCCUCUUGUUGAAGCCCUGAAGGUUGGAGAAAUUGGCAAAGAAGGUUGCAGGCCCAGGGUAUACUGUCUGGCCGACAGUGAUGAAGAAUCCUCCAGUGCCGGCUCCUCUGAGGAAGAUGAUGCACCAGAGCCCAGUGCUGGAGACAAACAGCUGCUGCCCGGGGCUGAAGGGUAUGUUGGAGGUCAUCGAACAAGUAAAAUUAUGAGGUUUGUUGAUAAAAUUACCAAGUCAAAAUAUUUCCAAAAAGCAACGGAGACAGAGUUCAUCAAAAAGAAGAUUGAAGAAGUCUCUAAUACACCCCUGCUGCUAACCGUGGAAGUGCAAGAAUGUCGAGGGACCUUGGCGGUCAACAUUCCACCACCCCCGACCGACCGCAUAUGGUAUGGUUUCCGGAAGCCACCGUACGUGGAGCUGAAAGCUCGGCCAAAGCUUGGAGAGAGAGAAGUGACUUUGGUUCAUGUGACGGAGUGGAUAGAGAAGAAACUGGAGCAAGAGUUUCAGAAAGUUUUUGUCAUGCCAAACAUGGAUGAUGUUUAUAUCCCUAUAAUGCACUCGGCCAUGGACCCUCGCUCCACUUCCUGCCUCCUG